GACAGUUCUACGUCUGCCGUAGUCGGGAAGGUGCUGUUUUUUGUGAGUGAAUUAUUUUGUUGGGCGUAUUUUAUAAUCUAUAUCUUUUCAAAAAUAUAUAAAAUUUGUGCGUGUUCCUGACUUUAUUUCAUAGACGUACAUAAAAGAACAUUAUACCGUAUAUUUCAUUCAGACUAUCCCAGGCAAUGCAGUGUGUGCUAUCGAUAAGUUUAGAAUAAUCUUGGUAUAAAUAUUAAAAAUGGGUAAAUUGCUGAGUCUUUUAGCCCGCGACGAUUCGAACUGUUGUUCUUCCCCUCGUUACGAUAUAUUCCUGGACUUUGAGAAUGCAGCACCGACGGAUACAGAGCGCGAGAUUUACGAGGAAGUGCAGAGGGUAUUAUUGGAUUCGGAAAGGAUAUUAGAAGAGAUUCAGUGUUAUAAAGGAGCAGGGAAGGAGAUAAGGGAGGCUAUAACGGAUCCGUCGGGGAUUCCUCAGGAGCGUGCUUGGCGCGCAGUGAAGCCUCUGGUUGACAAGCUACUGAGGUGCUACAACCACUCCCUUCAGCUGCAAAGAGUGGUACCCCGUCUGCUGGGUUCGUUGGUGGGAGGCUCCAUGAGCCCCACACAGCAUCUGGAGCAGCAGCAAGCCCUGGUGAAACAGUUCGCGGAGAUCCUCGAAUUCGUUCUCAAAUUCGAUGAAUACAAAAUGAAAACGCCCGCGAUACAAAACGACUUCAGCUACUACCGGCGUAGCGUCUCCCGAGGAGGGUUAAUCAACGCUGAUCUCCCUUCAGGAGAGGAGCCUCACAUCAGCGCAGAGGUGGCGAACAGAAUGUCCCUCUUCUACGCCCAGGCCACGCCGAUGUUGAAGGUCCUGUCAGAAGCGACCAGUCAGUUUGUGAACGACAAUCAGCAAGACCUGGAGAAUACCACGGAAACGCUCAGCACAAUGGCUAAGGUCUGCUUGAGGAUGUUGGAAAACCCAAAACUUGUCGCUCAAUUCAGUCGCGAGGAGACUUCACUUCUAGUUCUCCGCGUGAUGGUGGGCCUGAUCAUACUUUACGACUGGGUCCACCCAUCAGGCGCUUUCUGCCGCUCCUCCUCCGUUGACGUCAAGGGCUGUGUGAAGUUCCUCCAACAGCAGCCGCCAGCUAAAGCCGAACCACUCCUGAACGCUUUACGGUACACAACCAAACAUCUCAACCAUCAGUCGACGCCACGGAACAUAAAGACGCUGUUGGCCGCGUGAGGUCACCAUUCCAGCCUUGCAUGUUGCUGUGGGGAAUGAUUCGACAAUAAUUUGUGGGGAUUUCUCAGCGGCACGCUAUUGUUUGCAUCCUUGUUCCUUGCAGCACGAUCCGAAGAGUUUCACCGUUUACCUCAAUCGUUUAUAAAAAGAUAAAUAAUACUGGUUCGUUGUCCGUGUUUCCGCCUGCAAUAGAAACUAAAUAAAUUAAAAAUCAGGAAUGUAUUAUAUCCAUUAUUCCUUUUUUGACAUUGGCAUGAGGAAAAUCUAAACUUAGUCGCAUAAACAUCUAUAUUCAUGUAGCAUCACUAAUGACACUAUUAAAUAUGUAAAUUUCCGAUACAAUGUCCAUUUUAAUUAAACACUAAUUGGCAAAAAAUUGUAUAAACCUAAUUAUGUUCGUGAUUUAUUAUGCGGGAUUGCUGAAAACCAGUCAUAUUUAUCACUACGAAGACAUGUUUUCUACUCUUGAUAAGGAAGAAGAAACACGAAGAAUUAUCAAGUUUUAUUGUAUUUAAAAUAAUCACAGAUUGUGCAGUAAAAGAACUCAAACUAUGUGAAACUAUAAUGUAGUCUAUAUUAUUUUUUGUUGUAUGUAACAAUGAUUACUGAUUUUUAUAUAUAUCUCUGACGUUCUUUACACCAUAGACUAGGCUUGACGUUUGUCUUUUCCUGAAUAUUGACGAGUAUUAUUUACAAACUAGUCCUAAAUUAAUUGUAUCUUCGAACUUUACGUAAAACAUUGCUCAUAUUUCGAAAAAAAUAAUUAGAAUUAAAGAAAUUUUAGUAGUUAAGUCCCUUGUAGGCACACUUUAGAGACGUUUGUUCUAGCAUGCUUCAAAAGCAGCAGUAUUUGAGGAAUAUCCCCUACCCCACUCGUGCAAGGCUACUAUAGUCCUACGUCACUGCAGAAUUUAACUCACAGCAUGUAAGUUAACUUUUAAUCCCUUGUAAUAAGAAGCAUAUACUAGAUUCAGUAAAUAAUUAUUCGUAAACUAAUAUAAUGAAUACGAACUGCCUUGGAAUUAGAAAAUUGGUUACCACUUGUGCAAUAAAAUUGUAAAAAAAUAAAACCUAUUUUUACAAAACUAGCUUUAAAAAUGUCUAAAGUAUUUAAAACACGAAGUGUAACGUAAUUGCACAAUUCCCAGUAGUCAAAAAUACCAUAACAGAUCGAAAUCAUAAAACUAAUUGAUCGAAAUGCAUAAUAUUACUAAGAAGACUGAUUGGACGCAGUUCAGAUGUUCAAAUGUUUCAAUAACGUAUUCUGUAUGAGACGAAAGCUUAGAAUAUAUGCCUUAAUAUGCCUGAGGCGGGCGUUGAUGUGACAUGUCACACUGGAAACUAUUUGUAGGCUUUAUACAGUAAGAUAUGUUACCAGUGUCGACUGCCCUAAAUUAUGCCUUCUGUAAAAUGUUAGAUAAAACAUGUUUGUUAAACUUAUGCAUGCUCCACUGCCUUGAUGUUAACUACCUGUAAUUUUAAUGGAAUUUUAUAUGUGUUUCUAUUGACGAUUAUGUAUAAAUUUAUAUGUAAGAUUAAACAUGGGCUUUGCUAGGUCAAAAACAAAAAUGAAAUAAAUACAGAUACAUAUCUUUCACAUUUUUAAUUAUACUGAACCACUUAUAAAUGUUGAAUGUCUAUAAUCUGUCCUAGCAGGCAUACUGUUACAAGUCAUCUAUUACCUAGGAUAAAAUAUAGUGAUAAAUUUAUUUAGCCCAAAGUAAAUUAACGUUAAUUAUAUUUUUACAACCGUUUAACAGGUUCCGUUUUGAUUAAACAAUAUUUAUGUCUUUUACAUAUUUAAAUAUUAAUUACUAAAAGUUAUUUUAGCCGCUGUCGAGUUUCCGCUCAAAGACUCAUUUUUCUAUAAAUUUUUAGUAUUAAUUCUUGUUAUAUAAGAAUGCAUGUUAAUCUGUUACCAUUUUAUCUCUACCUGGAUGUAUUUAAAUUGUUCUUUAUAGCGAAUAAAUUUUGUUUACUCUAGGGCUCUUCUGCAGCCAUAUUUAUAGUCUAGAUUAACGAACAAUUUUUUAUUAUUGUUGUUGUCAAAUAACCACCAGAGCACAAACUUAUUUCUUGUAUAGUAUAGGUGUAAAAAAUAGUAUGAUGAAAGGUUAGGAUGCUUUAAAAUAGUUAAAAGUUCAGUUCAGACAGACCCCUCAAAUAAUAGUUGACCUUUGUAAAAUAUAAAUAAAUAGUCCAUUCUGUUUCACAGAAGUUAUGACAUAUUUCUGAACGACGACGUAACUGUGGGAUGCAGAUAUGAGGUUGAAUUAUAGAAAUAUAUUGUCUUUAUGGCCUCAGACGAAAGAUAAAUCUGUCCAUAAUACAAUGUAAACAAAUACAUUAUUGAGAAUGGCGUUAGACCGCGCAUCGACAAACUUCAAACAUACCGGCUUUACAGCCGAUGUUUCAGAGGCCUUAGUGUGUUUUUUUAUUAAAUAUUAACGUUAACAACACCAAACUAACGAUUGCUCAUUUAUCCCUAAUCUGGUCCAACAAUGCCGUGGCCACAGGCUAAAGUCAGCCAUUGGUUGGACAGCCAAUAGAAUGGGCAUUAGCUCACUUGGUGCACAAAUGCACCUCAACAAAAAUGCACUAUGGCCCAACAUCACAUUAAAUUUAUUUAGAAUUGAUGACGAAUCAAUGAUACGAAUGUUAAAACUUUGUUACCUUGCACAAACGGCACUCAUUGUUGAAAUAUCGCUUAUCUUAUGAUUGUUGCUUGUAAGUCGUAAAAUACUCUUGCUCGCUAUGAAUUGCAUUUAGAAUGGGAAUUGAUAAGUCAAAAUGAUUUUUUAUAAAUAGGUACUUGUCAUAUUUCCUACAAUAUUUUUUAAUAAAUUGUAAGUUUUCUAAAAUAAUUCCAUUUAGAUGAUUCCAGAAGUAACUCCAAGUUGAGUCUAAACAUAGUGUGAGCAUAUUAGUGUUAGCAAAGCGAAAUAAAUGCUUAUGAUUGUAGAAGUUUUAUUGGAUAUGAAUGAAGAAUAAAGGCUGUAACAGAUUUAUACACACCACCCACCCGGUAAAAUUAUAUUCAAUUCAAAUUUGAGCUUUAUAGCAUCAACAAAUUAACACACAACUCACUGUUACAGCUAUAAUAUAGAGUGUGUUAUGGUUAACACUAGUUUCAGAUUUUAUUCAAGUCGCCUAAAGGCAUCUGACAUGACUUUUACGACUUCCUACUGCCGUCUAAUGACUGUAACAGCUUUUAUGUUGUCAGUAUAAUGUGUGUCAACAGGAAAAACUAAAGCUCAUUUUUAAUUAACAUUAUUUUGUAAAGUGAAAAUAUACCUGCUAUGAUCUUCAUCCAUGGCGUUUCGGAUGUCUAAAUUAUAAAUAAGGAAUAUAAAAAGAUAUGGUAGAAAAAAGCAGCACAGAUUCUAUAAAGCAAUAACUGAUUCAUUUAACACAAAAAUAUUUAAUUUGUUGUCAAUUUAGCCAAAUAUUUAGCAAAUGCAAUUAGGUUUUGUUGAUCUUGAGUCUGUACUGUUUCUGUUAAUCAUUUAAUGUGGUUUCUGUGGUAAACCUAGUUUAAUUACGAUUUAUUUAUUGUAUAUAAUAAAAACACCAAAGUUAUAAGUAAUAUUAAUAAACUUUAAAUAGA